CCCUGACUGCCACCCAGGGACACAAGAACCUGUUGGUGUCCCUGAGCUAAGAUGGUGUUACGUGGUUCCUGGUGGCUCCUGGCCGUCUGUCUUCUGUCCUGGUGUUACAACACCUGGGCGUUGGGGCGUCUGGACCCACAGGCAGAAUCACCAUCACCCCUGGUGUUCUGGUAUGAGAUAGGAGAUAUUAAAGUGGAAGCCUUUAUAAAGUUUGCUGAAAAGGCAAUGCCUGGAAUUUAUGUCCUGCCUAUAGCGAUUGGGAGAAGCGUGGUGCAGGAUAUGGAGAACAAGGCCUUGAAUGCCAGUUCAGAAGUGUGUCAGAUUCUUGCUAAGGAUCCUAAACUGCAGCAAGGCUACAUUGCUGUUACAUUCUCCAAGAGACUCCAGUUGCUGAAGGACUUGGCUGAAAAAUGCCAAAUACCUACCAUGAAAGAUUUGAUCUCACUUUCUAGUAGAAAAUUUAGAAGAGUGAUGAGACGACUCUCCAGUGUUUUAAACCGACCGUGAUUGAUCCCAAGAACACAGCUGUGCUCUACAUCCCAUGUUUACUUUUGAGACACAACCUGACUACAAAAGGCCAACCUUGUCUGCAAAGAAGAACUAGUUACUCGCUUGAACGAUCAGUCUCCUUCUUUUUGACCCCUCCUAGCUUGGUAAAGGUUCCUGGUCUGUCAGAGAGGCAUGCUCGCUCAGUGUGAGCUCCUCUCAGGUUCUCUGAAAUAAACCCGCCUGCAUUGGA